AUGGCAUCUCGUCUUAUUUGCGAGUGGCGAGUGUUCCAACGCAGUGGCAUCCAGAUUAUCACUUCUCGCCCUACAUAUGGUAGACUGGACCAGCGCCGUAGAUUUUCCAAAUUUGAACCCUCCACCUGUCAGUUCAACAAGAGCCGGGCUGAUUCUCACUUGAGCCGAGCCCUUUCUACCUGGGUGGACGCCACGAUAACCGUGGAGGAAGCUCUACCAGACACGUAUAAUGAUCUACGAUUCGGACCGGAGGGCGAAGUCAUCGUCGACAUGAUCACCCAGGAUGAUUACUCCGUAGAGAGGGCCGUAGAGGUAAUCACUGCCCUGACCUCUGCGGCAGCAUCUGCGGCAGCCAAUGCUUCUCCUGAUGACCCUACUGAUAUCCCUUUGUAUCACCACGCCGAUAAUCUCAUUGACUUUUACGUCCAGCUCCAGCAACAAACUGUAUAUGAACCUAUAAAGACUGGGGUAGUAAAGGAUUCAUAUCAUAUGAGCUUCUGGACAGAUAUACCUGAGAUAAGCAUGAAACUCACGGAGUAUUUUUCUUUCGGCACGGAGGUUGGAGAGGUUGAGGACGAUGGCCACCAGUUGGAAAACUUCACAUCAUGGCUCGCCCGGCUCUCAGAAAUGCAGGUUCCCGGCUACGUAACGGGCAUCCUCUGGAGCCACCCCGCCCUAACAUGCAUAUUCCAGAAGAAGUACCGGGUUACAGGGCAAGAUGUGCGAGUUAUGUGCAUGUGGUUCAUCUAUGCGCCUAAGAAGGCCUGGACAGAUGCUCAGAAGCGCCGCGCGCACAAGACUGGCCGGCCUCGAAAGACGGAAGGGUUUGAGCCCGAGCAUUGGCCGAAAUGGAAGCAGUUCUUGCAAGACUGCCAGGGCUCAUCAUCAGAAGAGCUCGCAGAUGAGUAUACACAAGAUCUCAUUGGGCUUGCUCUAAAAAGCAUAGACGAGUUCGAGAGUCAGACUUCUGGAUCCAUGUAA